AAUUUAUCGUUCCAGGCAGCUAAACAUUGUCAAAAUUUGGAUGUACGGGUUUUGCUAUCGGGUUUAAAAUACAAAAAUAAGUUAAUUUAUACGGAACGGGAAGUGGAAUUGGUUAUUUUUGAUGAAAAAUAUGCUUCGGAUGAAGUACAAAAGUUUUUAUCAACCAAACUUGUAAAUAUCAGCAAGGAUUAUAAAAUACUGACUUGCGCAAACAUUGCUGCUGAGCCCAUUUCUGCAGAUUUGGAACAAAAAAAUGAUAAGGUUUACCAGCAUACAGUUUUAGGUGGAACUUUUGAUAGGCUUCAUUUAGCGCAUAAACUUCUUCUUUCUGAAGCAGCUUUAAGAUCAAAUUCUAAAAUAACUGUAGGUGUAACAGAAGAGAACAUGAUAAAGUCAAAGAUUCUUUGGGAAUUAAUAGAACCAUUAGAAACAAGAAUGAGUACGGUUGAAAAUUUUCUGAAGGAUAUUUGUCCAGAACUGAACAUAUCAGUAGUGUCAAUUGAGGACCCUUUUGGACCAACCCAACACGAUCCUACAAUUGACCUUCUGGUUGUUAGCAAGGAAACGAUUAGGGGGGGUGAAAAAGUUAACGAAGUUCGAAAGAGUAAAGGUUUACCAUUGCUGGAUUUAGUUGCAGUUGAUUUGAUUGAUGAACCUGCUCAAAAUCCUCACGAAGAGAAGAAAAUUAGUUCUAAUACACAACGUAUGCGUUUGCUUGGGACGUUAUUAAAGCCUGUGAAACAAAAUUUAAAUUUACCAAAACGACCGUAUGUGAUUGGUUUAACAGGUAAGUUUAUCUAUCGAAACUUCUCAAAUACAGUGGAACUCGCUUAUAACGAGUAAGGAGUAUAGUGGGGAUGUCGGUUAUCGAAACGCUUGUAAAAAUAACUUCUAUUAUAAAAAAACCGCGCGAUUUUUUAUACGAACUUUUCUAAUAUACCUAAUGUGU